AUGGGUUCUCCUGUUGAAUCUGAUCAGCCUGUGAGGCCGCCCCAAGGCGAUACAAUCUUUGUCAAGCAUCCUCGUCUUGAUCCGUCCACGCAGCCUGCGACUCCGCAAGAGAUUGGCCCCCAAGAUCCAGUCCAGGAAACAUUACCCUCGACCGAAAUCCCCAACUCGCCCAUCGAUCCAAACGAAUCCUUUACCACGCAGGUCAACGAGGACCGACCGCACGUCACCGUCAUUCCUUCGUCUCUGACACCGCCGCCUUCGACACAAGUUACCAUCAGCCACAAUGCCAGCCAGCCUGGCCCGUCCAAACGGAAGUUCUCUGCGUCCCAGCAGUCGACCCUCUGCUCUCCGCCAGCUACCAUCCGCAACAUCAUCCGCGACCGCUCCGCCACGUCGGAUUUUCUCCCUCCCGCCCCGCAGCAGGUCCUCGAAGCGUCCGCAGACGAACUCCGCGUCAUGGUCCAGAACGCUCUCGCAGAACAACAAAAGCUAAAGACGGAGGCUGCCCACUUCAAGCUGCAGUACAACCUCAUGGCUCUCCAGGCCGACGACGACGCUAAGCGUGCAGCUGUGGAACACGAGAUGAUGCGUCGCGAGGUGGAAGCGCUCCGUAAUGCGGAGCACACACGACAGGCGAGGAAGGAGCUGGAUUCGGCGUCCGAGUCACUGCAGGCAAAGUACCUCCAGAUGAAGGCCUGGUACGAGGGCACGCUGCAGGACCAGGACAUCCUCCAGCGUCGUCUCAAGACAGCCAAAAAGGUCAUCAAGCAGAGGGAGGAUGAGUACAACACCCUCGCCGAGGAGCGGGACAUGUUGUUGAACAGAAUACGGGAGAACAGAGAGCACAUGCAGAUGCUCUGCAGCCCUGGAGGUAUAUUUCACGCCCUAGCACCCAAACAGAGAGGCGUUGUUGUUCCGAGCUCACAGGGACAGCGUGGCUCUCAGCAGCAAGCUUCCAGAACACAGGUACACAAUAGACAAGGCGCGCAUGGCCUCUCGGCUUUGUUGCAGGCUAUGAGCCAGGACAAGGAUAACAACAGCGCGCCUUCAACGCCGAUGCAUUCUCACCGCCCCCCUACAAGACACGUCGGAAAGCAUAGUCGAAAUGCACAGUCCUUGUCUUCUUUGCCUACAACGCCUAUGAGCAGACCAGCAGGACCACAUGUUGGACUUUUACCAUCGGUUGAUCUUGUACCUCAAACGGAGCCUCAACGAUAUACACAGCGACAAUUUAUUCCUACGACACCCAAAUCGGAACGCCAGCGACGUAGGAGUCGGGAGAGUACCAUUUCGGUAGACGACAAUGAAGAGCUCGCUAGACAAGCGCUCGAGACUGUCGCUGCAGCUCAAUCAUUCACAUCACAAACAUCGCAGUCACGAAACCGCAAUGGCCAGGGUGAAGUCUACGACAGCCAAGCUAGUCAGGCCGCAGCAGAAAUGCUACGGCGCGACCCGCGACAAAGCUUCGAGGUGGCAGAUGCGCGCAAGAUGCCAGGUGCAGUGGAAAAGUCUGUUCGUAUGCAGGAGAGGCUAUUGUCUCAUCACCACAACGGAGACGGUGACAAGCGCAAGUUUAACGGGGAUUAUAAUUCUGAAGAAGCACACCGUGAUGAUGAGAGUCCAGCCAAAAAGUCUAGAGUGGUCGAGCCAUUGACGGAUAGUCAGAAGAAGUUUGGGUUGGGGAUUCAGUACAGAGAGUGA